UUUGGCGGGAACGCGAGGAGUGAAGUUGUGUGAUUUGUUUUAUUUUGUCUACUUAGUGUUUCUUCAGGUUUAAAUGUGUAAUAACGGUGGUUUAUUAACUGUUUAAUAUCUGUGAAAGUGCACAAAUGUGGGAAAAUGAAACAAAACCGCUGGACGCAACUUCUCGGGAUCCUCCAAAAAGUCCACUGAAAAAAUCUUAGUAAAUGACCACCAUUUUACUAAGAUUAUUUUUCAUUCCAUAUCAUCUCAUUUCAUUUAAUUUCAUCCCAGUUGAUUAACGUCUCAAAUUAAUCAUUUUCAUUUCAUUUCACUCCAUAUUAUCAUUUUUCAUAAAAAUAAAAAUAAGAAUAUAAAUUAAAAUAAGAUAUGACUUAAAGGUCUUAGUUACCAGGUCAUAAAAUCACUUAAAAAAAAUCAUUACGAACUGUGAUCACGAAUAUUAAUUUACAACAAAUCAACAAAUCCAGUGCACGUGAUUUUUGAAAUUGCAGAACUAAUUAAAUUGUAAAUUUUGUCUUUUCCAUAAUAAAAUAAUAAAACAAAUAUGCCGAAAUCAAAAAGGGAUAAGAAAGUAUCACUUACAAAAACCAACAAAAAAGGUUUAGUACACAAACAAAAAGUCAUAGAAGAAAUAAGAAAUUCACUGAGCAAAUAUGAACACAUAUUUUUGUUUACCAUCAAUAACAUGAGAAAUACAAAAUUAAAGGACCUACGGAAUGAUUGGAAGGAUUCCAGAUUCUUUUUUGGAAAAAAUAAAGUAAUGGCUAUUGCUCUUGGUAAGACCAAGAGUGAUGAAAUAGAAGAGCAACUAAAUCUGUUAUCAAAAAAAUUAAAAGGUCAGUGUGGAUUGCUAAUGACAAAUAGAGAUGUGCCUGAUGUACUGAACUGGUUUAAAAGUUAUCAAGCAUCAGAAUAUGCAAGAGCUGGCUUCAUUGCAACAAAAGAUGUUUUAUUACCCAAAGGUCCUCUAGCAGAUUUUUCACACACUAUUGAGCCACAUUUAAGACGUUUGGGCUUACCUACAUCUCUAGAAAAAGGUGUUAUCAAUCUAAUAAAAGAAUAUCAGGUUUGCAAGAAAGGUGCUCCACUGACCCCAGAACAAGCAAGUAUAUUAAAAUUGAUAGGCAUAGAAAUGGCAGAUUUUAAGUUAGUGAUUAAAUGUCACUGGACAAAAGGAAAAGGUAUCCAUAUAGACAAUGAUUCUCCAAGUGAUGAAGAACAGGCAGAGAAUGAUGAUCAUCAAGAAAAUGUACUUGUAGACGAAAUAAUGGAAGAGACAUAACUAUUUUAUUUAAUCACAAUAAAUUAUGUUAAGCA